AACAGACCAUUCUGUAAAGCGUGUCUAUAACACGACGACUGAUUAUACAGGGUUAAACCCUAUGUGUGUUAUACUGCGGGUAGCGCCCGAUAGCUGACUCGGAACCAUGUUUCACCUACCAAUGUUACAUUUUACACCAAAUCAGGUGGCACAGGUAUGUGAGACUCUAGAGGAAAGCGGGGACAUAGAGAGAUUAGGACGGUUCCUCUGGUCACUACCCGUCAAUCCGUCCGCCCGGGAGACACUAAACCAACAUGAAUCCGUCCUCAGGGCUAGGUCGCUGGUCGCCUUCCACACGGGCAACUUCAGAGACUUGUACCAUAUUUUAGAAACUCACAAAUUCACCAAAGCAUCUCAUGCUAAACUCCAAGCAAUGUGGUUAGAAGCUCACUACCAAGAAGCAGAAAAACUACGCGGGCGCCCCCUGGGACCCGUGGACAAAUACCGCGUGAGGAAGAAGUUCCCACUGCCGAGGACAAUCUGGGACGGAGAACAGAAAACUCACUGUUUUAAAGAAAGGACUAGAAAUCUGCUCAGAGAGUGGUAUCUGCAAGAUCCUUACCCCAAUCCGUCUAAAAAACGGGAGCUUGCUGACGGUACAGGACUGACGCCGACACAAGUUGGGAACUGGUUUAAAAAUCGACGGCAACGUGACAGGGCUGCGGCAGCCAAAAAUAGAUUGCACAAUCGUCAUCAUCACUCAGAAGACAGGCUGGGUCGACUCGAAUCCUCCAGCUCGUCUUCCUCCACACCGGAAGCUUCUACUUCCGGGGACGUCAAGGACCCCCUAGACUCUCCCCGCAGCGCCGACUCGCCUAUUUCAGACUCGUACCUUGACGAUGACGACGAUGACUUGGAACUUGACGCGGUAUUGAAUUCCCCCGGUACAUCGUCGUCUUCACCCUCACCCCCGCCCAUGUUGGGCCGCACCCAGCUAACCCAACCCAGGCAUACAUGA